GCCCAGGCGCUAGGGCGGCCCACUUACCGGGGCGUCGGGCUUCCCGCCCGCAUCCCACCUCCCGCGGCCUGGAGCGGCGGAGGACUGGGUGCGCAUGCGACUCGCGUCUGUGGGUGCGAAGGGUGCACUCCGGCAGCCAGGCGCGGAAGGCGGGCACCCCAGUCUCGGGGCCACAGCCCUCGCUUUCUUUCUCUUGGUUGUCGCGAACGCUGUCCGCCCGGGAGGUGUCCCGCGACCGGCGCAAUGAGCGCCAACGAGGACCAGGAGAUGGAACUAGAAGCAUUACGUUCUAUUUAUGAAGGAGAUGAAAGUUUCCGGGAAUUAAGUCCAGUUUCAUUUCAAUAUAGGAUAGGUGAGAACGGUGAUCCCAAAGCCUUCUUGAUAGAGAUUUCCUGGACAGAAACAUAUCCCCAAACACCUCCAAUUAUAUCUAUGAACGCUUUUUUUAACAACACCAUAUCAUCAGCUGUAAAGCAGAGUAUAUUAGCCAAGUUACAGGAAGCAGUGGAAGUUAAUCUUGGAACCGCUAUGACCUACACAUUGUUUGAAUAUGCCAAGGACAAUAAAGAGCAGUUCAUGGAGAAUCACCAUCCCAUUAAUUCUACAGCAUCCAUAAGCAAUAUCAUCUCAGCUGAAACUCCUAAUAUAGCCCUGUCAAGUAAGAAAAAAGACAAAAAAGAACAACUUUCAAAAGCCCAGAAACGUAAGCUGGCAGAUAAAACAGAUCACAAAGGGGAACUUCCUCGAGGCUGGAACUGGGUUGAUGUCGUGAAGUUAAGCAAAACUGGCUCUAAAGAUGAUGAAUAACGCUUGGAAUUUGAGACAAGGAAAGAGCAUCCUUUAAAAAAACUAGGUUCAAAAUCUGUCGUUACUAUUUUCUGGUAUUGAGGUAGCUUUUUAUAAAACAUAAUUUUUUGUAUGUUUCUUACACAAAAAUGUUAGUUGAAAGUUCAUGAAGAGAUCUGGUUGUAUUAAAUUAUUUUCACAAACUUGCCUUAAUAAAAGGUGAAAAUGCUACUAUUUAGGAUACUUUAUGAAGCCUGUUGAGCUUUGUAAGUAGACAAAUAUGGAGAAUAAUAAUCAGUAUUAAUUUAUAUGAUCUUACUGUAGUGGAUGUGAUAUUUUUGUAAAGACAUAUGAAGCCCUUUUUAAACUGUCAUCCCAGUGGAACAGAACAUUGAGUGAACAGUUAUCCUACAGUAUGAACCAUGUUAAAUAAAAUAAACUCUUCAGCUCUUCUUUUGCUUAAUUAUUGAAGCAUAAGUUGCCUCAGAGAAAUUUGGAUGCUGGUAAUUUGAACUUUAUACAUGAUAUUCUUUGUAGUUCCUUUUUAUUUUCCAAGGGUGAACUACUUCCCUUUAAUAAAUUGAUAUCUAUUUAUAUUUAUCUCUUGGUUUGAGUCAAAGUAUUUGAUCAUAAGAAUUUUUGAUGAUAUGUGGGAUAGGAGAGUAUAAAAACAAAUCUGCCAGAUACGUUAGGAAGCAUUUGAAUAAGAAGUGCUGGCUCUUAUUUAAAAUAUUUCUCUUUUCUGCAUAUACCAGGAUGGGAGUAAAAGAUGCCUUAAUAUUUAAUUUUUGUAUUGUUGGAGACAGUGAUUUUAAUAAAUUCCUAUUUAUCUUAUAUUGUGUGUUUUUAGUUAUUGAAUAACUGAGGUCUUCUAAAUGGUUCAAUAUAAAACCACAUUUGUUUCUUUUCAGUGUGUCUUUUCAAAUAUCCAAAUGUAUUUCUCCAUCUGAGCGUCUUUUUAAUAAUAUACAUAGAAGUCUUUCAAAUGCUGAACUGUUAUACGUACUUGAUAUUUUAAAAAAAAUAUAAAUAGAGGAAACUCUUGGCAUCAUUUUACCAGGAAAAGAUACUGAUGUUUAUGUGUGAUUUACCGUGAUUUUGUAUAUCCUCCCCAGCUUUAAGAACACUUUCUUCAAGAUGCUGCUUUAUCUUGAAGGAUAGAUUGUUAGUUCCUCAAGUUAUACCGUGUAGCUUGGGUCUGCAUUUUUAGAGAGUAAUUAACUUUUUAAAGAAGUUACCUUAGCAUAAGAGCAGUUUGAGUCGUGUCCAUGGUUUUUACUGGGUUAACUUUGGCUUCAGUUAAAUUAUUUGAAGUACAAAGUAAGUAUAUUUACAGUGAAAGAGUGUAAUCUCAUUUUCAAAAGCUGAAUCACAUUUUAUUUCUUGAAUUAAUAUAGAGCAAAACGUAUUAAAAUCCAGGACCACUGGAAUAUGCCAACUUUUGUUUCGGGUCUGUGUAUGUAAUAGCUUUUGUUGUGAUUUGUUUGCUUGUCUUUUUGAAGAAACAUCUGCUAGAAAAGAAAAUACUUUGUUUUGUUCUGAAGAUUCUGAAAUUGUUCAGGCUAAUUGUGAUUCAUAGAUUACAAAGAAUAAUGCUAGUUAAAUGCCAAUGAACUAUUUUUACUCUUUUUAUAUGAAAUGUACAAAUUUCUGGGGGUGACAGUGGCAAUGGUGCCUCUUAUUACCUUACGUAAGGUAAUUGAACAUUCUCAUCAAUAUUGCCAUCUACUGUUUAACUCUCCCAGUAUAUUUUCUCAAAGUCUGUUUACUUAAAAUUGUGUGGAAUGACAUAAUUAAUAAGCAAUAAAGUCUGAAUUACACAUAA